AUGGCCAAAGGAGAGGGAGCGGAAAGCGUCUCCUCGGCUGGCCUCUUGCAACCGAGCAUCUUAAAACCGGAGGAGCUGAUCCGUUCCAAGGUAACGCCAAAAGAAAGCAAAGCUAAGCUAUCAAUAUGCAGCAAAGUGUGUUAUGCCAUCGGUGGAGCACCCUAUCAGAUCACUGGCUGUGCUUUGGGAUUCUUUCUACAGAUUUACUUACUGGACGUGGUGCAGUGAGAGAAUGAACUCUCACUUUGCGUUUCAUGGAGGUUCUUCCUUUCUUCUGUUUAACAGAUGGAUCCCUUCUAUGCAUCUAUCAUCCUUUUUGUGGGACGUGCGUGGGAUGCCGUAACUGAUCCCCUGGUGGGUUUCUUCAUCAGUAAAAGCUCCUGGACUUGCUUUGGACGCCUGAUGCCCUGGAUUAUCUUUUCCACUCCCUUUGGUGUGAUCUCCUACUUCCUGAUAUGGUUUGUGCCUGACUUCUCUCAAGGGCAAGUGAUGUGGUACCUUUUCUUCUACUGCGUGUUUCAAACUCUUGUGACGUGCUUCCACGUUCCUUACUCAGCCCUCACCAUGUUCAUCAGCAGAGAGCAGAGUGAAAGGGAUUCUGCCACAGCCUACCGCAUGACAGUAGAGGUCCUUGGAACAGUCCUAGGAACAGCCAUCCAAGGACAAAUUGUGGGGAAAGUAAAUACCCCUUGUAUUUCCGACCCACCUUUCUUGAACACGAACAAUUCUUCAGUGGUCUUAGAAGAGGUCAACAUCACCCAUGACACUGGUUCACUCUCUGAUACGAGAAAUGCCUAUAUGAUUGCAGCCGGGGUCAUUGGUGGGAUUUAUAUUCUUUGUGCUGCCAUUCUGUCUCUAGGCGUGCGGGAAAGGCAAGAGUCUUCUGAACUUCAAUCUGCUGAGCCCGUUUCCUUCUUCCAAGGUUUGAAGCUGGUUAUGAAACAUGGACCCUACAUCAAGCUGAUUGCGGCUUUCCUAUUCACCUCCCUCGCUUUCAUGCUGUUGGAAGGAAAUUUUGCCUUGUUCUGCACUUACACCUUGGGAUUCCGCAACGAGUUCCAGAACAUUCUGCUCGCCAUCAUGCUCUCAGCCACCCUGACCAUCCCCUUCUGGCAGUGGUUCCUUACCCGUUUUGGGAAGAAAACUGCGGUUUACAUUGGCAUCUCGUCAGCUACUCCUUUCCUCAUCUCGGUUGUGAUUUUGGAAAGUAACCUCAUUAUGAUCUACGUGGUGGCCGUUGCGGCUGGAAUGAGUGUGGCUGCUGCUUUUCUCCUGCCUUGGUCCAUGUUGCCAGAUGUUGUGGAUGACUUCAACCUCCAGCACCCGGAUUCCAGAGGCCACGAAGCUAUUUUCUUCUCUUUCUACGUCUUCUUCACCAAGUUUGCUUCUGGAGUGUCUCUUGGGAUCUCCACGCUCAGUUUAGACUUUGCAGGAUACAAGACUCGAGGUUGCUCCCAACCAGAGGAGGUGAAACUGGCUUUGAAAAUGCUUGUCUCUGCGGCGCCGGUGGUCUUGAUCGUCCUUGGCCUGCUGCUUUUUAAGCUGUACCCCAUUGAUGAGGAUAGGCGGAAAAAAAACAGGAAAGCUCUGCAGGAUUUAAGGGAUGAAGAGAGCAACAGUAGCACUGAGACAGAUUCUACAGAAUUAGCCAGCAUUGUCUGACCUUACCUUGUCUUGGUUUACCCCCUGGGAUCCUCAAAACAUGGUGCCACCAUGACAUCUACUGUGAAAGAGGGAUGCUCACUUGCUUCCAUGGAAGAGCACUUGUGAUGACUUAAAGACUGCUCUGGGAAUCAAAUAUUGAUCGACGUUGUGCCUUAAAUGGGACCCAUGGAUCACCAAUUGUCAAACAUACUUUCGGUACUCCAGAAAGAUACCUCUAACGAGAACAAUCAUCAUCUCAGUGUGUCUUUUACGAGAAUCAGUUUGAAAAACUCUGUUGCGUUAUGAUGUGUUUUAACCAUAUGCUAUUUAUCAUUAAGUCAUCCACUGAAUGGUGCAAAUCUCUAAAGUACUGUUAAGUGUAUUUGGUAUGUUUUUUCCUGUUCAAUAUUGCAUUAUAUAUUAUAUUAUCAUGGACCCAGAUGGUGCUUUUUUGGUGUAUAUUACACCGGUGGCUUGACCUUGUCAAAACAUGAACUAGUACUGUUUUUUUUCUGUAAAUAAGAUUAAUGAACCAUCCUGUGAUGUUCCUGUUUAUAUAUAUGUAUAAAUAAAUAUAUAUAUAUAUGUAUAUGUAUAUAUAAAGAGCCUAAUUAAAAUAACUUAAUGCUGUACAUAUAAAAAUGUCAAUGUUUUCCUAUUUGUAUAUUGUGUACAGAAAGAAAACUGGAUUUGUC